AUGCUUUUCACAAAGACCUUCGCGCUGCUCUCGCUCGCGCUCUCGGCCUAUGCCACGUCGACAACGACAAUCAGCAUCGUGCACGCUCACAGCAGCACGCCCACGUCCACCCCAACCCCGACCCCGACCCCGUCGCACUCACACUCGCACUCGCACACCCCCUCCGUCCGACCCACGCCCAGCUCUUCUGUUGUGGUCUCGUCAAGUGCUCGCGUUAGCCCAAGCUCGUCUCUGGCCAACUCCAACCCCCCUAGUGUUCCUGCUCCUACUGGUGAAAGCACCCCGUCCGAGUCGACCUCUGAGAGCAACACCACCCCGGCCUCGUCGCCUGCUGCCACCGGUGCUGCUGCCAGCAACCAAGUUGCUGGCGCCAUGAUGGCCGGUGUCGUUGCCGUUGCUGGCUUGGUUAUGCUGUAA